AUGAAAUUCUCAAAUUCAGUCUUAUUAUCCCUCUCGGCUUUGAUCUUCUCCUCAAGCGCUGCUCCUGCUCACUCCCAUAACCUCCAUAAAAGAGCUGUCGCAAUCGAAUACGAAUAUGUCACUGUCACUGUCAACAGAGAUGGCGAAACCAUUUUGGCCACUUCACAAACUACCUCAACCUACAAAACUGCAGAAUCUAAGUCUAAGUCUGAGUCAAAAUCCUAUUACAGAUCAUCCGCUUCUACCACUUCUUACUCUUCACCUUCAUCCUCAUCCACCUCCUCAUCUUCUGUCUCUGUUGCUUCAUCAACCAAAAAAACUUCAACCUCGUCUCCAACUGGCUCAACAUCCAUUCAAUCCACUUUUGGUGACUUGUCAUCGUUCUCUGGUCCAUCUGAAAAAUUCGAAGAUGGUGUUGUUCCUUGUUCCGAUUUCCCCUCAGGUAAUGGUGUUAUUGCUCUUACUCAUGUUGGUUCUGGCGGUUGGUCUGGAAUCGAAUUGAUCCAUUCUGCUGAUGAUAUUGAAGUCGGUGGUGAAUGUAGAGAAGGCGCUUACUGUUCCUACGCCUGUCAACCUGGUAUGUCAAAGACUCAAUGGCCCUCUGAACAACCUGCUAGUGGUGUUUCAAUCGGUGGUUUGUUAUGUAAAAAUGGUUAUCUCUACAAAACAAAUUCAAGAUCAGAUUACUUGUGUGAAUGGGGUGUUGAUUCUGCUUAUGUUGUCUCUGAAUUGGACGAUACCGUAGCCAUUUGUAGAACUGAUUAUCCAGGUACUGAAAAUAUGGUUAUUCCAACUAUUGUCACUUCUAACUCAAAAUUGCCCUUAACUGUUGUUGAUCAAGAUUCCUACUACACAUGGAGAGGCGGUUCUACUUCUGCUCAAUAUUAUGUCAACGACGCCGGUGUUGAUUGGGAAACUGGUUGUUCUUGGGGUGAUUACGGUACCACCUAUGGUAACUGGGCUCCAUUGAAUUUCGGUGCUGGUGCUUCAAGUGGUGUUUCUUACUUGUCUUUAAUUCCAAACCCAAACAACAAAAAUGCUGCUAACUUUAAUGUCGAAAUCGUCAAAUACACUUCUGACGCUGUUAUUUCUGGAGAAUGUGCUUAUGUUGAUGGUGUUUUUAAUGACGGAACCGAUGGUUGUACUGUUGGUGUCACUAAAGGCUCUGCCAAAUUCCGUCUUUACAAUUAA